AUGAAAAAAGCAUUUAAUGGAAGUCCUGAGGAUGAAGUUGUAGCGAGACCCCGCAAUGGUGAAGAAAUAUACAACCAAGUGGAAAACAUUGACAUUGUAUUUGGAAAACAUCCAAAGAAAAAGACCACGGAAAAAAGCAUUUGGAAGAAACGAUCAAUCUUCUUUAAUCUUCCAUAUUGGUGUAAACUUGAUGUACGACAUUGUAUAGACGUGAUGCACGCUGAAAAAAAUGUAUGUGAUAGCGUCAUCGGGACUUUACUAAAUGUAAAAGGAAAGACUAAAGAUGGAGUUAAAGCACGACAAGAUUUGGCUGAAAUGGGCAUCCGUUCUAGGUUACAUGCACAAUCAAUUGGAAGACGAACCUACCUGCCUCCAGCUUGUCACACUCUUUCUAGAAAAGAGAAGCAAAUUUUUUAUGAGUGUUUAAGAAGUGUGAAGGUUCCCCAAGGUUACUCUUCAAAUAUUAGUAGCCUUGUUUCUAUGCAAGAUUUAAAGUUAGUCGGUUUAAAGUCUCACGAUUGUCAUGUGUUGAUGCAACAACUUUUACCAGUAGCUUUUCGAGCCAUCUUACCUACUUCUGUCAGAGGUAUUCUAACACGUUUGUGUAUGUUCUUCAAUGCCAUAUGCAAGAAAGUUAUUGACCCUCGAGUGUUAGACGAUUUGGAAAAUGAGGCCAUUAGACUAUUGUGUCAAUUGGAAAUGUAUUUUCCACCUUCAUUUUUCGAUAUCAUGGUUCAUUUGAUAGUUCAUCUUGUGAGGGAAAUUCGAUUAUGUGGGCCAGUUUUCUUGAGAUGGAUGUACCCAGUGGAAAGAUACAUGAAGAUCUUAAAGGGAUAUGUCAAGAAUCAGUAUCGACCAGAAGCUUCUAUUAUAGAGCGGUACAUUGCAGAAGAAGCCAUUGAAUUCUGCUCAAGUUAUAUGCCAAGUUGUGAACCAAUUGGAGUUCCUAAGACUAGACAUGAAGGUAAAUGUGAAGGUAAGGGUGUGCGUGGAGUGAAGAUUCAAAGUGUUAGUAGAAAAUUAGUUGAUCAAGCCCAUUUGUACAUCUUAAACAACACUGUAGAGGUCAUUCCUUACAUAACGCAACACAUUGAUGAAACGAAAUCAACACAUCCACGAAUGAGUGAAAAAUGGGCACUUAAUGAACAUAACAAAACAUUCUUAUCAUGGUUUAAGAAAAAGGUUUACGCGACUCCAAAUGUUUCUGAAACUCUAUUGAGGCUAGCUCGUGGACCGAACAAUGAUGUCAUUACAUAUGGUGUGUACUACAUAAACAAUCAUUGUUUUUAUUCAAAGAUGGAAGAUGACAAAAGUAGAGUUCAAAAUAGUGGGGUUACACUUCAAGCUGAAUCUGUACAUUUUGCCAGUUCUAAGGACAAGAAUCCAAUUACAGCAUCCAUGAGUUACUUUGGAAUAAUACACGAAAUAUGGAAAGUUGAUUAUGUGACUUUUAGAGUGCCAGUUUUCAAGUGUAAAUGGGUUGAUAGUAAUUCGGGUGUUAGCACAGAUGACUUUGGCUUUACUUUGGUGGAUCUUAACAAGAUGAGUGAUACAAAUGAACCAUUUAUUAUGGCUAGUCAAGCAAGACAAAUUUUUUAUGUCAUUGAUCCAGCCAAUCAGAAAUUGUCAGUUGUAUUAGAAGGAAGAAACAUGCACGUAAAUGAUGAUGAAGAUUGUCUAGACAUACUUGAGACAACGUCUUUCUCAUCAAGAACUAUUCAAGACAAAAUUGAUGAUGUAACUGAUGACAUCCAUGCUAUUCGAAGUGAUCACAAUGAAGGUAUGACAAGCUCCGGAUCAGACCAGGAGGGACCUGGUAGAUCUGUGAUUCGGUUGCCGGAUGUCACAAACCGACGAGAGAGGAUGCCGGUCCACAUUGAUCCUCGAUCGGGUGAACCCAGUGGCCCUUAG